AUGGUCAAUGGUUGCUUCAUGUUGCUUCAUCCUAUCCACGCCAUGGCGUUGCUGCAGUGGUUCCGCGGUACUCUGCGACAAAGCCUGCGCUGGCUCCUGUUGCGCCUUUGCGCAGCCUUUGCUUCAGUGGCCACCGCCUUGCCUGCCGAGUCGUCGGAGGAAGCAGUGGAGACCAGGCGGCAGGUUGCAGAAGUUCGGCAAAUGCUCACAGGAGCAGAAGCCCGCUGCCAAGUGCAGCUCACGAUACCUCGAGGGCCAAAGCCCAUUCGAAUGUUUGUCGAUGGCGUGUUUGACUUGACGCAUUACGGUCAUAUGAAUGCCUUUCGUCAAGCAAGGGCGCUGGGACAGCAUCUGGUGGUGGGUGUGAACAGCGACGAGUCCGUGCUCCAGGCCAAAGGCUUUCUGCCGGUGCUGAUGGACUCAGAGCGACAAGCUGCGGUGCUGGGCUGUCGUUUUGUGGAUGAGACUGCAGAAUACAUUGAGGAACUGGUGGAAUCCAAAGGCAUUGAGGCUUGUCUCAGAGUGUGCAUGCGAGGCAUUGGAGAUGAGGAUUACUUUGUACACGGUGACGACCCGUGCGUGGUAGAUGGCCGUGAUGUGUAUGAAGCAGCCCGAAAAGCAGGCAGAUUCUGCACAAUUCCAAGAACAGAAGGGAUCUCCACCACGGACAUUGUUGGGCGCUUGUUGCUACUCACACAGGAUCACCACAUGGGGCAUCUUGUAGAUCAGCCAAGUCCAGUUUCCAAGCAGGGGGUCUUUGCGUCGAAGCAAUCAAACUUCUUGGUCACUUCGCAGCUACUCAGGGCAUUCUCAGGUGCUUUGCCUGGACAGAAGCCUGGCAAGGUGGUCUAUGUGGAUGGCGCUUGGGAUAUGUUUCACUGUGGCCAUGUGGCCCUGCUUCGAAACGCCAAAGCUUUGGGCGAUCUUCUGAUUGUGGGCGUCCAUGCUGAUGCGGUGGUGAAUCAACAUCGUGCCUCAAACUAUCCUAUCAUGAACAUGCAGGAGCGUGUGCUGAGCGUGCUUGGCUGCCGCUAUGUGGAUGACGUUUUACUGGAUGCCCCAUGGCAGGUCACGCGGGAGAUGAUUGCCACCUUAAGAAUAUCUGUGGUGGUUCGCGGCACGAUUUGCGAUACAGAUGUGCGCGAUGCAGAUGAUCCCCACAACAUCCCGAAGGAGAUGGGCAUUCAGGUAGAGUUGGACAGCGAGGAAUCUUUGUCCCUCGCAGUGAUCGCCCAGCGCUUGCACGAGCGCCGGUCAGAUCUCUUUGAGAGACACAGAAAAAAGGCGACUCAAGAAGAUGAUUGGUAUCGCCGGAAGCAUGGGCUCAGCAGUCGGAGCUGA